AAAUAUUUACAAAUGUUUUUUUUUCAAAUUUGAGUUUUUGAUCAAUAUUGCAUCACAAACCCGGCAUUUGCAAGAACCACGAAUCGAAUCAGAUAACCGCAUGUUAAAUUGAAAUUUCAAUGAAAUAAUCACUCGAUAAGAAGCGUUCGAAGUGUCAAGAGCUAAUUUCAGUGACGCAAUUACUUUCAUUAAUAAUUAUUUUAUUUGGGAGGAAAUUUCUUCGUGUUAUCGUCCAAUAUUGUGCAAUUGCAGUGUUUCGAAAUGAGAAAAGUUUUGGUGAUUUACGUCGGAGGGACGAUCGGAAUGGAGCGUAACAAAAAUAAUGUGUACUCUCCCUCACCGAAUAAACUUUUAGAGAAACUGAAAUUUCAUUCCCAAAUGCAUGAUCCGGUUUUGGGGAGGAAAUUCGUGGGGGAUUUGGCCCCCAAUCAGCUGGUUUUGCCCGAAAUCGGAAACGAUGUUGUUUUUUAUGAAUUGAAAGAGUACAAUUCGUUGCUGGACUCGAGUAAUAUGUCGUCGAAAGAUUGGAUUCGAAUUGCCAGCGACAUUGGGAAAAAUUAUCACAAUUUUGACGGUUUUGUCAUACUUCACGGCACAGACACGUUAGCGUACACAUCGUCUGCUUUAUCAUUUAUGUUGGAAGGGCUCCAAAAACCUGUCAUUUUGACCGGAUCUCAAAUCCCCAUUUUCGAGACCCGAAGUGACGCAAAAGACAACAUUUUGUCGUCCCUAAUCCUCGCCGGGUGUUACAAAAUCCCCGAAGUUUGCAUUUUUUUCGCCAAUAAACUACUUCGCGGCAACCGAACGGCCAAAAUCAGCUCAACACAUUUGAACGCCUUCGACUCCCCCAAUUACCAACCCUUGGCCGAGGUGGGGAUCGACAUAAAAGUCAACAAACACGCCAUUUUGCCCCCCUCAGCCCCCUUUCAAGUCCACACGAAACUCAACGCCAACGUGGGGCUGUUGAGCUUCUUCCCCACAAUCACCCCAUGCAUGUUUAGGGCAAUUCUGCAGUGCCCCUCGGUGGAGGGCCUCGUUUUGCAGAGUUACGGCGUGGGCAACAUCCCCUCGAACCGCAAAGAGUUGCUCCAAGUGAUCGAGGAGGCUGUGAAAAGGGGCACCGUGAUCGUGAACAUCACGCAGUGCCCCCAAGGCACCGUUUCAGCGACUUACGAAACGGGAAAGGCCCUUGAAAAAAUCGGCGUUAUUUCAGGACACGAUAUGACAGCUGAAGCCGCCCUCACGAAAUUGUGUUACGUCUUGGGAAUCCCCGGAUUGGGGUACGAGGACCGAGUUUUGUUGAUGAAGGAGAAUAUCCGAGGCGAGUUGACCAAUAAUAAUAAUGUUUACUGAUGAGAUAAUUUAUUUAAUAAAAAAGAGCUAUUUUUGUGUGUACUGCGCCACGACGCCCCCGGCCGGUAUCUCUGUUCUAAUCUAACAUUUUCAUACUUAAAUAAAAAAUUUCGAAAGUC